UAUCGUCGAACUCGUUCCAUCAAGUCGGAACAGUCUGAACGGACCGAUGAGGUUGUCCAACAGGUUGAUUCAUCCCCAUUGAAAACUGAACGCUCAUCCCAGUCACCAGUGAAACCGUCAACCGGCACCGAUGGACUCGAUUUGCUCGCCCCGCAACUUCGACUGGACGCUGAUGGCAACAUUGUGCUGGACGAGACCAGUCUGGUAGUCUCCGUUCCGGAAACCGCUCGAGACGAUACCAAUGUGCGCCAUGUGAGCGAAGAGACUGGUCUGCUCAAUGUGGACUACUACAGUUUUCGUAAUCCACCGCCUCGUCGUGGUCAACGGUGGCGACCGCAAGAGACUGUGCGAUUCUACCGGGCUCUGAGCAUGUUCGGUCGUGAUUUUUAUCUGAUGGCCGCCAUGUUCCCGAAUCGCUCACGUGCCGAGUUGAAGGUACAAACUUGUCGCAAAUUCAAAAAGGAGAGCCAUUCCAAUCCGUAUUUGGUCAAUCAAGCCUUACGCAAUCGACGGGGUUACGAUUUGACCGCACUGAUCCCGCUCAGUGAUACGGAAGAUGAAGUCGAAUUGAAGGAACCCUCUACUGAACAACCGAAACGGAAACGCGGACGGAAACCGCGCGAUCCGAAUGGGCCGAAACGAAAAGAACGUUCGGUAGAAUCGAUCGAAACUCAAGUUGAAACAGUACGCACGUUCCGUACGAGUGAUUCAGAACUCUAA